AUGCUCAUCGGUCGAGGCGUUAGCAAUGCGGCGCCUGGCGACCCGAAGCUUGGCACCGCCAUCAUUUUGUCAAAUAUUGGUCAGCACCAGACCGAACGACGUCUAUUCUGGAGAAUAACAGUGAUACCUAUUUUGAAAACCUUUUCAACCCGACGAAGUGAAACCGUGGACAUUGAUUGCUCACGAAUGAUUGAAGAAAAUCGGAAACCUGUUAAUGUGGUGGUAUCGCGGUACGCUUUAGCACUACAAACGAGAAGCCAGAAUUUGCGUUGGAGUCCGGAGCCAUGUCGUGGUGUCGAAAAUAAAGGUCAAAGCAAACCGUCACUACCUGCAACUUCUCCAAGUAGUUAA